AUUUCACAGAUCCUCAUCACUGAAGAUCCCUCAUUCAGCAAAUCCCACUCCAGACUGCUGGCACUACAAGGUCUCUUCAAAGCCCCCCUACAGCUUCUGUUAAACAAGGAAAAUAGCAGAAGUUAUUCCACAGAAGAAGUUUCAAAGACUUCAUGAUAGUGAGAAGAACUAUUAGAAUAGAGAGUUUUGUUUGUGUUUGUGCUGUUGGGGGCAGGAGAGGGAGCUGGGCUGUUGGGAGAGUACAAAACAUUAGCGCCUGGCUUCAUGGGAGUGAAGCUUUUGUGUUCAGAGAUUCUUCAGAGAGGAGGUAGGAUGAUUUUUCUAUAUAUUAGCCCCAUUCUUUUUCUAGGAGGGUAGCAAGUUUGUCUGAUACGGAAUUUGUUUCAAAGACACCCUAGUUGAGUUGCCAAGCCUGGUGUGUCGAACAAACACUGUUACUCAAUUUAAUGUGUUUACUGUGUGUCUAUACGGUUUGAAUUUGUCUGGGAUAUCCAUGUGCCUUCCCUCUCCCGCCAAGUUGCUUUCUGCCUAUCAUUGCCGAGGCAAAAUAGGGGUUUUAUUAAUAUGCAAAGCUGUUCCUUCCAUUGUGAUCAAAUUGGGCAUUGGGAUGUGGCAAUUUCAUAGACUUGGAUUCUUCAUAAUCUGUCUGUUCUGCAGUCAACCUCGUGAAACCGGACUGAAACCGGACUGUCCUUCUACUUGCAGGUAAUUUAGUGCAUCUCCAGUGACACGUGAAAUGCAUGAAUCUGACCUGCCAUAAAUGUAAUGCUCCACUAACCCAAUGCACCAUGCGAAGCUUCUGCAACAGUGGACGAGGCACCCGUGUGCAGCUGGGUCGGCUGUGUGAGGGAGCGAGAAGCGGGGAGGAAUAGAGAUGUGAAUAGAGGCUGGUUCAUGACGGCUGCCAACUGUGUGUAGGAGAACAGAACUGGAGAGGAAUUGUGCAACUACAGUGGGUGUGGCAGAGCUCGCUACAGACUGAUGAUGGUUUUGAACGGGUCGGGGAAGUCCAUAGUAGAGGAGUUAAACAUGACUCCUUGGUAUUGUGGAAAGAAAUCGAUUUUGUUUUAAAACUGCGGUUUGUUUAGAGAUCGCCAAGUCUGUAUACGGUUCAGUGCCUUGUGGAGGGCAAGAGGGGAUCCAGGAAAUGUGUCAGGAUCAUCGAACCAGCAAGCAAGCUUGAAUAGCAUUUUGGAUUGGAGCACAGGAUGAAGAUGCGGCGACACCGUGUAGUUCUGAUGUUGUGUAUGGCGGGACUCUGCCUCAUCUCCUUCCUGCACUUCCUCAAGGCCCUGUCGUACAUCACCUUCUCCCGCGAGCUGUCCGCCUUCAGCCCCUCCCUCAGGUCCAUCUUCGUCGACUCGCACCUCUUCUGGAAGCCAAACGAGGGUGAGGAUGCCAGCUCGGGCCUGGCGCUGCAGGCAUCGCUGGGCGGCCACCAGGGAGGCUGGCCGUACUUGCACCGGGCCCAGUUCCAGCUGAAAGACGAUGAAACCGAGUACUUCAUACGGACCAAGGCGGGAGCCAUUUGCUUUAAACAGGGGACCAAAACGGAGAACAGGAUGGCGGGGUCCAUGGAGGGAGGGGUGGCCUGGGCCCGCGGUUCUCUGGACAAGCCACUGACGCACAAGGCGGUGGGUUUGGGGGUGGGUGGGAGACCGAGACGUCGGUGGGUGGGGUGCCCUUGCCUGCCGGGCUGGCACGGUCCCUACUGCGGAGUUCCCACCAUGGUCCAGCACUCCAACCUGCCGACCAAGGAGCGCCUGACUCCCCGGGCGGUGCCGCGCCGGGUCAUCAACGCCAUCAACGUCAACCACGAGUUCGACCUGCUGGACGUUCGGUUCCACGAGCUGGGCAGCGUGGUCGACGUCUUCAUCAUCUGCGAGUCCAACUUCACCGCCUUCGGCGACCCCAAACCGCUGCGGUUCGCCGAGAUGCUCCUGAACGGGACGUACGGCUACGUGGCCUCCAAGGUGCUGUACGUCUUCCUGGACCACUUCCCCAGCGGCGGCAGGCAGGACGGCUGGAUCGCCGAUGACUACCUGCGCACCUUCCUCACCCAGAACGGGAUGAGCCGCAUCGCCAACCUCCGCGACGACGACAUCUUCCUCAUCGACGACGCCGACGAGAUCCCCGCCCGCGACGGCGUGCUCUUCCUCAAGCUCUUCGACGGCUGGACCGAGCCGCUCGCCUUCCACCUCCGCAAGUCCCUCUACGGCUUUUUCUGGAAGCAGCCGGGCAGCCUGGAGGUGGUGUCGGGCUGCACCGUGGCCAUGCUCUUCAUGGUGUACAACGGCGACGGCAUCAAGCUGAGGCGCAGGGAGUACUACCUGAUGCCAAACUUCCGCAAGUACGAGAACAGCACCGGGCACAUCCUGGUGCCCUGGUCAGUGGGCAGCCCGCUUCACUUUGCCGGUUGGCACUGCUCCUGGUGCUUUCGGCCCGAGGGCAUCCGCUUCAAGCUGCUGUCCGCCCAGAACGGAGACUUCCCCCGCUGGGGCAACUACCAGGAGAAAAGGGAUCUGAGCUACAUCCGGGAGUUGAUCCAGACGGGGGGCUGGUUCGAUGGCACUGAGCAGGAGUACCCCCCCGCUGACCCGAAGGAACACAUGUACGCCCCCAAGUACCUGCUGAAAAACUACGGCAGGUACAAGUACUUGCUGGAGAACCCUUACUUGAAGGAGAGCUGGGGCCAGGGGCGGAGGAGAGCUGUGGACACGUACAAUCAGACCGGGGGGAUCACAUAGUGCCACCAGCAAGCAGCAAGUGCAACACUGGAGGGUCAGGUCACUGUGCAUCAUCUACUGUCUGGCAUCUUGCCACUACCUGUGGAUUCUGGAAGCCUCUCCGAACUGCUCCCAUCGAGGCCACACUGCACCCGCACUUUCUCACCAACCUUGACGUUGCCAGCCAUGUCCGUCUGCCUGGGCCAAGCUGCUUUCUGUUUUUGUUUCUCCUCCCUCAGUUCUGCUUCAGGUUUACUUCCACGUUCCAAGUUCAUUCUUUGUCCACAAUGGUUCUGUGACUGAGGUGCGGUGCGCCAGCCACAUUGCCAGCGAGGGAGUCUCUCUCUCUGCUGCAGAGCACCGGCAGAGUCUGCAGUGGUGGCGAGGUGCUGUGCUGAGGGAGAGUGGGGAAGGUGUACGGAGCUCUGACCCAGUCUGGAUGUAGCAUUUCUUCGGUUCAAGCACUUUCUGUACAAAAAUGUGACUCGGCCAAACUCGUCCUCAGGCCAGUGGGCGGUGAUGAUAGCAGAGGAUUGGGCCGGGGGGGGG